AUGUCGAUAGAUGAAGUGGAAAUCGAUUGGGGUAAUGAGCGUUUAAGCAGAGCUCAACGUGCUGUAGAAGCAAAUACAUAUGAUGUAGAUUCCUGGUCUCUCCUAAUACGGGAGGCUCAAACGCGACCUAUCAACGAAGUUCGGACUGUGUAUGAGAAACUUAUUGCUGCCUUCCCUACGACGGGAAGAUUUUGGAAAAUCUAUAUAGAGCAGGAGAUGAAAGCAAGAAACUUUGAAAAAGUAGAAAAGCUGUUCCAGCGAUGUCUUAUGAAAAUCCUAAACAUUGAACUGUGGCGGUUGUAUCUUAAUUAUGUUAAGGAAACAAAGUGUAUGCUGCCCACUUACAAAGAAAAAAUGGCGCAGGCUUACGACUUCGCCUUGGACAAAAUUGGCUUGGACAUUCACGCCUACCCAAUAUGGAAUGACUAUGUGACCUUUCUUAAGUCUGUUGAUGCUGUAGGAUCGUACGCUGAGAACCAAAAAAUCUCGGCUGUCAGAAAGGUGUAUCAAAGAGCUGUAAUUACUCCGAUUAUUGGAAUAGAGACUUUGUGGAAGGACUACAUUGCCUUCGAACAAGGAAUUAAUACUAUUAUAGCGGAACGUAUGGCAAUGGAGCGAUCUAGGGAAUAUAUGAAUGCGCGUCGUGUGUCCAAAGAGCUAGAGACAGUUACUCGAGGUCUCAAUAGGAACAUGCCGGCCACACCACCCACGGCGGAUAGAGAGGAGAUGAAACAGGUGGAUCUAUGGAAGAAACUUAUAUCCUGGGAGCGUUCUACCUCUUUUCGAGGACACAGCAUUAGUGGAACGACUUUAUGUUUGCCAUAG